CAUAAAAAAUCUGUCUUAUUUAAAAUCCAACCAAUUUAAAAUAUGUAUAUUUAAGACUCAAAUCCAAAUCUCUAUAAAAACCGCACCCAUUCACAACUCUAAUCCUCAUCUAGUCUUACCUUCCUUAUGCAUACUCUAUAAAAUAAAAAAAAAACAUAAUAUUUAAUAAUUCACAUAAUUAGGAAUUGGUAGAAUAGUAGUAGACUACUAGUAACGAUUUCCCCGAGUAUGCCCCGAGUAUGAAAAAGAAUUGGGUCCCCAAUAAAGCUAACCCAACCCCAUCCUUCUUUUAUUUAUUACUCUUUACAUUUGGCAAUAACCAACCUGUCACUCUAUCCCUUCUCUCUCUUCAUCCUCCCGGCUCCCAUAGAAUCCGGAUAACUCCCUCCUCUACCAGACCCGGUAUCCAGACCCGGUAUCCAGACCCGGGAUUACUUUCUCUUCCUUCUACAUAAAAAUCUUUUUCUUUCCAUAAAUGUCUUAGGUUCUAUUAUUCCAUUUCCAUCUUUAACUAUCCUCCAUUGUUAACUAAACCAAGUUUUUCUUCCAGAACCUUAUAGUUAUAGGAAUCCGAAAAUGGUGUCGGUUGAAGAUACCCACUCCAAUUCUACCCGAAUACAUUCCAUCUACUCCACUUUUCACUCACCAUCUUCUUUAUCUUCUUCAUCUUCUACCAAGAUAUGGCGUGAAAGAGGCCGCUCUAUGAGAACAAUACGCUCUACUAUCUUCUCUCCUUCUAGGGAAUCUGAUACACAAUCAUCAAUCCUUCCUCCUACUGGAACCAGCACUUUUGUUUCUGAAAACCUCACUGAUUCCGUCAUUGAUAUCCGUCUUGGUGAGCUCGCUUCUCGAACUGCUAAGUCUCUCAAAUCAUCUUUUGCUGAGGAAGAUUUUGGCCUUCUUGAUGAUCUUUCUAGAUCAUUCAGCGACUAUUCUGUUUGUAGCAGUGAUAUAUCCGGUGAAUUACAACGGCUAGCGGCGACGGCGCUUAUUGGGCCGAGUACGGAUGAAAUGGAUCUAGAACCCGAACCAUGUGAAGGUUUUCUUCAAAGAGAAACUUUCUCGACUGAAAUAAUCGAGAGUAUUUCGCCGGAAGAUCUUCAACCAACUGUGAAACUAUGUGUUGAUAGCUUAAACUCUCCUUCGGCGGCGAUCAAGCGUUCUGCGGCGGCGAAACUCCGAUUACUUGCAAAGAAUCGGGCUGAUAAUAGGGUUUUGAUAGCAGAAACAGGUGCAGUUCCGGGUUUGGUGCCGCUCCUGAAAUCAACUGAUCCAUGGACUCAAGAACAUGCAGUAACAGCGUUGCUGAAUUUAUCUCUCCAUCCGGAUAAUAAACGUCCAAUUGCAGAAACUUCCGGAACAAUAAAAUCCCUAAUUUAUGUGUUGAAAACAGGGACGGAAAAUUCGAAGCAGAAUGCGGCAGCAGCUUUGAUGAGUUUAGCUAUGGUGGAUGAAGAGACGCGCUUAACCAUAGGUGCUUCGGGUGCGAUUCCACCUUUGGUUGCUCUUCUUUUAAAUGGAAACGCGCGAGGAAAGAAGGAUGCGCUGACGACAUUGUAUAAGCUGUGCUCAGCGAAGCUGAAUAAAGAGCGUGCUGUGAAGGCGGGUGCUGUUGUGCCAUUGGUGGAGUUGGUGGCGGAUCAGGGCAGUGGGAUGGCGGAGAAGGCGAUGGUGGUGUUGAGUAGUUUGGCAGGGAUAGAGCUUGGGAGGGCGGCUAUAGUGGAGGAAGGCGGAAUAGUGGCGUUGGUGGAGGCAGUGGAAGAGAGUUCGGCGAAAGGGAAGGAGUUUGCGGUGGUGACAUUGCUGCAAUUAUGUGGGGAAAAUGUAAGGAAUAGAGGAUUGCUGGUUGCUGAAGGUGGUAUUCCUCCUCUUGUUGGUUUAUCUCAGACUGGUACUGCUAGAGCUAAGCAUAAGGCCGAAACACUUCUUGGAAUCUUGAGGGAACCAAGGAAACAAGAGAUAGCCUCAUCGUCGAGCCCUUAACAGCGAAUCGAACAGUGUUAACUCUGUGGUUGUGGUUGUUAGUUUCCGUAAAAUUGUAUAUAUAGUAAGGAGGAAUGGUCUGUUUUUGGUGGCGUCUAGUUUCUUGUACAGUGCGGUUUUGUCAACCGGAGAAUCUGAAAUCUUAUCAGUAGGAGUUGCAUUGAGAUGUUGAAGCUAACUUAGAUAUUCUUUAGUUUGCAAAUAGGUUUGCUGUUCAUCGUCUCCAAAUAUCUUAUCUUGUUGUCGUCUUCUGCCCUUUUUUCUUCUCCACAUAUUUGGAGAUGACACAAGCUUUAGCAUAUUUCGUUUUCGCCUCUGUGAAAGCACGGGCUUGAUCGGGUUCUGGCCCGUGAGGUUUUGUUUUGGUGGUCUGAAAACUUGUAACAAAAAUAUUUGUAGAUGUGCCCAGAAAAUGUAGCUGAUGGAGACAAGAGGGUGCUUGUUAUCCCAUCUUUGCACAUUGUAUUUUCUUUUUCUUACUUAUUUUUUGGGGCAUUUGUGGAAGGCAUACAUGUGUAAUGUUUGGAUGUAAAAUUAUUAAUCCAAUUUUAUGUUAGGUGGUUGGUUGUUGUGAUUCAAA